GGCCACCGCUCCAUCGAAGCUUUGGGAUGUGCACCAUAUCAUUGAACGAACCAAACCCAGUGAAUUGUCUUGCCCACCAUGGCGGACGUGCGAGCUAUGCUCCGCCAGGAGCGCGCUGCCCGCCAGCAAACCGAACGGAACCAGCGGUCUUCGGCAGCUCCAGCUGCAGCCCCAUCGUCGAAGAAACGCAAAGCUCCGGAUUACGCAGCGGAAGAGCGGAAACGGACGAGGACGGCGCCGAAUCAGGCAGUUCCUUCAACUCCCUCUGACAAACGCAACUCAACGAUCGAGGAAGCAACUUCAACACCGGGGGAGGUGGCUGUUGCAGAAGAUGUCCCUCCGCAGAAUGAAGUUGGGCAGGCUGCGCUGCAGGAGGAGGAAAUAGAGGCUCCGUCCCAACACGCGCAACAGGUAGACGACGCGGAGCUGGAUGCAUUCAUAAAGGAGAUUGAGGAGGCGCCGGAAACGCAACCAGGCAUCUACGACAGAUAUUCGGGUACAGUAGUCGAGGCAGCACCUAUGACGGCCGCAGAGGUCGCCGCUCAGGCGAAGAUUGAACAGAGUGCCGAGCGCGAAAGGAAAGAGGAGGAAAUGGAGGCGGAGAGAGAAGAAGCGGAAAGGAAUCUGGCAGACGAAUUUGAAGAAAUGGAAAGUCUGGAAGAGAGGGUGCGCAGGUUGCGUGAGCAGAGGGAAGCACUUCGGAAAGCGCACUCUUCAACGAAACCGGCCGGUGACCCUCUGCCUGGACCUGCGCUUGGGCCGGCUCCUGCGAUGGAAGAGGAAGAUGAAUCGGAAGAUGAGGACUUCGACGAUAUGGAUUGGAGAUUCCGUGCUGCGUAGUUCAGAAGUUUCCCUCGGCAAAGCAGAGCGCGACGUACGAUUACAAAACUGGUUGCGUACAACGCACGUGCUACCGGUGGCGUUCAGGAUGAUACCCAUUUUUGGAGACGGUUGGAAAGAAUGAGAUACUGCGGCACUUGUAUGAGGUGAUUGAGAGCAUAUCGGGUUGAAGCCAGCAUUCUUUGGGCGACAUAUCUCUGCUUUGCGGGCAGGUCUACUGGGUGUUCACACAAUAAACUUGAAGACAUUCAAGAUGAGCAUGUAACUUGUUUUGCUCUGGCCUCCCUGCACCCUUCUCCGUAUACGUAGACUAUAGUAAAACAUGCUCGGUC